AUGGGGCGCGGCUUCCAGAAGAAGAAGGGCCUGCGUGGAGGUGGCGGUGGCGGCCGCAGCUUCUCCAAGGGCAACAGGCAGCAGCAGCAGCAGCAGCGGCAAGGUGGCAAGUCGCCUGCUGCUGGAAGGGUGGCCUUCAAGCCCCGACCGCCGCCGCCGUUGCCAGAGGCGCUCUCCUCGCUGCCCAAGUUCGUCAAGAAGAACAAGUUUUCGGGGCGUAAGCUCGGCUACUUCUUCUCGCGGGGGAAGGCCGGUGUGGGGUACUACGUGGACCGCGUGCAGAUCGGCGCGAUGAGUGACAAGCUGAGGGCAAGGCUUGCCGCGACCCUCAAGCCUCCAGCUGCUGCUGCUGGUGACGCAACCAAGCCUGCUGGGACGAAGGCAGCUGCUGGGCCUGGCGCCGUGAACGUCAAGUCUCCUACUGCUUCGAGAGACGAGAAACCGCCUGUUGGUGCUGGCAACAGCAGCAGCAGCAGCAGCAGCAGCAGCAAGGCAGUCGAGAAACCAUCGGUGGCUGUGCCGAAGCUUCGCAGCGACGGGAGCAGCGCCGGCGAGUCGAAAAGAACGACACCAGCCGCGGCCGUGAAGGAUAGUGGCGCGGGAAGCGACGAAGCCUUGAGCGAUGGCGAUAGAUCAGGGGAAGAAUCCAGCUGCGAUGAUGAUGAAGAUGACAGCGGCGAUGACGAGUCUGACGGCGGCGGGGCCCGGAGCGUGCCUCACGGACAGGGCGGCAGUGGUGUCAAGGGGACGAAGGAGGAGGAGGAGGAGGAGGAGGAUGGCAGUAGCAGCGGCAGCAGCGAGGAAGAGGAAGAUGGCGAAUCGGAGGGGAACUUUUCGGAUGAGCAAGGAGGAGAAACCGAGAGAGUUAGCAACGGAGCGGCGGCGGCGAAGGCAGACGCAGGUACUAAAGCCGUCGCGGAGAGAGCCGUUGGGAACAACAGGGGUGCUGAUGAAGAGGAGGAGAGCGGGGAAGAGGGAAGCAAUAGCAGUAGCGACGAAGAAGAAAAGGAGGGGGAGGAAGGCGGGGAAGAGGGGAGCAGAAGCGGUAGCGACGACGAAGAAGCCGCUGCCGAGGAAAAAACUGGAGACCGGGGUACGCGUGUCCGCGGCGUAGAGAAGAACAAAGACAACAGUAGCGGCGAGAAGCGGCCGAAGGGGCCGGAGGCGGACGAGCCCCCGCCGGAGGACAUCAAGGCGUCGUUCGAGUCUCUCGGGGUGACGGGUCCGCUGUGCGAGGCCGCGGCGCAGCUGGGAUGGACGCACGCCACGGAAAUCCAGCGGCAGGCACUUCCUCUGGCUUUCGAGGGUAAGGAUGUGAUCGGCCUCGCGGAGACGGGGUCGGGGAAGACCGGAGCGUUCGCCCUCCCCAUCCUUCAGGCCCUCUUGGAAAACCCGCAGAGGCUUUUUGCUGUCGUCAUGGCGCCGACGCGAGAGCUAGCUUUCCAGAUCAACGAGGUGAUGGAAGCCCUUGGCGUGGGCAUCGGCCUCAAGACCGUCUGCAUCGUUGGCGGUAUCGACAUGUUUCAGCAGUCGGUAGCACUGGCCCUGAAGCCGCACGUGGUGAUUGCCACGCCGGGGCGUCUGGUGGAUCACCUGGAGAACACCAAGGGCUUCAGCUUGAGGACCGCCAAGUACCUCGUGCUAGACGAGGCUGACAGGAUGCUCGGCAUGGACUUCGAAGAGGAAAUCAACAAGGUGCUCAGCGUGCUUCCGAGGGAGCGAAGAACGUUCCUGUUCAGCGCCACCAUGACGUCGAAGGUGGCCAAGCUGCAGAGGGCCUCUCUCAAGAACCCCGUCAGGGUGGAAGUCGCGAACAAGUUCUCAACUCCGAAGACCCUGGUUCAGCAGUACCUCUUCAUCCCGGCCAAGCACAAGGACUGCUAUCUCGCCUACGUGCUCAACGAGUUCGCGGGGCAGAGCACGAUCGUGUUCGUGUCCACAUGCAACAACGCUCAGCGCGUGGCCCUGCUUCUGCGGAAUCUGGGCUUCCAAGCGGUUUGUCUGCACGGGCAGAUGGGGCAGCCGAAGAGGCUGGGGGCGCUGGGAAAGUUCAAGUCGGGGCAGAGGAACGUCCUCAUCGCGACGGAUGUGGCCAGCCGCGGGCUCGACAUACCCUCGGUGGACCUGGUGGUUAACAUGGAGAUCCCGAGCCACGGCAAGGACUACAUACACCGGGUGGGGAGAACCGCGAGGGCCGGAAGGGCUGGGCGCUCCAUCGCCUUUUAUGACGUGGAGGUUUACCAGCGCAUGGAGGCGUUGAUCGGGCAGAAGCUCCCGCCGUACGUGUGCGACGAGGAGACGGUCCUGGUGCUGCAGGAGCGCGUGGGGGAGGCGCAGAGGAUGGCGGCAAGGGAGAUGCGCGAGGCGGACUUCAACAAGAAGGGGAAACACAGGGGCGGCGGCGGGGACGGGGGAGAAGACGCAGAGACGGUUGUGAGGAGCUUCAAGAGACAAAGGAUGGGCGGUCGGGGGGGAGGGAGAGGUGGAGGCCGUGGAGGAAGAGGGAAGCGGCGAUAAAAGGACAAGACGAUAGAGCAAUACAAGAGUCACAUCUCGGACUUUCUUUUUUUUUGUGCGGGGUAGUUCCAGACGUGUGUGUUGUUGCCGAUGAGUUUUGUGGUGUGGCGGUACUUCAGAACAAGCUGCCGAGGCGGCUGUUAUUAUGGAUACAUCGCCAGAGAGGUAGGGUAGCCACGGCAGCGCCCGGCAAUUAAAUUGGAGCGGACCAGCGGGCAGUCAGCAGAGCGACACACGGCAGACUCGUCUCUUUGGCCUCCCUUACAUGAAAUUUUGUCCGUAGUUCUGCCGACAAGGUGGCAGCCCCCCCCCCCCCCCCCCCCCCCCCCCCCCCCCCCCCCCCCCCCCCCCCCCCCCCCNCCCCCCCCCCCCAUGACACAAUUACACCGUUCGCAGCUGUGUUGCACACGGAGAUGGUUUUGGCCCGGACUCCCAACUUGGAAAUCACCUCCUGCUUGCCUUAUGCGGUAGUCGGUGAGUUCUGUUGUAGUUGGCGUUCCAGCACCGGUGUUGCGUGGUCGGUCGGAACCCAGUGUUCCGAGGGACAGCCCCCAACCAGGUGUUUCUUGUUGCUGUUGACCCUUGUCCUGAUCGUCGAGGCUGUUCUGUGUACUUCUGUUGUGCUUCGUACAUUCAAAAGUUUUUUGAGAUUUUGACCUCUUGAUUUCCCGCUAUUAAUAGCUUGAUAUGUCCCCGCCGCCUGUGUAGCGGUGGGAGAGAGAAAGCAGCUGAUCAUCUCUCGUGAUGGGUGGGGGUUUAGAUGCGAAAAACGGUGUUGCGGGGGAGGGGUCGAUGAAGGAAACAACCCCUCAGUUGACCGCUUUUUUGGGGUCCGGCAGGCGGGACCGGACGAAGAAGCGAAGAAGGGCAUGUGUGUUGCGGUGACGGUUGCGUUGCAGAAAUGACUAA